UGCACCGCCAGCCGCGACCAGCACCCAGCUCCAGCAGCCAGCUCCCGCAUCCACCGCCGGCCAGCUGCCUCGCUCUCUGCCCUGCCCUGCCCUGCCCGAGCCUGCACGCCCUUUGUUCGCGCGGCCCGCCGUCCAUGAUAGCGCACACCUCGACGACGUCACGCCCCCGACCCCCGCCGUCGCCCCAGAGCCCCCUCCUGCCAGCGUCGACUGCUGCCCCUGCCGCUCUGUGAAUAGCUUGUGAAGAUGCCCAAGGACAGCGACGUGCCGGUGCCCGGGCCUGCGCGCCUCGCAAAGGGCGCCGGGCCUGACGAGUGGCUCGAGCAGGCCAAGCAGUGCAAGUACCUGCCCGAGGCCGACAUGAAGCGUCUGUGCGAGAUCGUCAAGGAGUGCCUCAUGGAGGAAUCAAACAUCCAGCCCGUCCGCACCCCCGUCACCGUCUGCGGCGACAUCCACGGCCAGUUCUACGACCUGCUCGAGCUGUUCCGCGUCGCCGGCGGCAUGCCCAGCGACGCUCCCACGGCCCCCAUAAGCGUGCCCGUAGCCCUGCCCAAGAAGAUCAACCCCGCCGACCUCGAGCCGCCCACCAGCAUCACAGAUCCAAAAGUAAAGCGCAAGAUGAAGAGGCGCUUCCAGCGCGACCCAAACUACAUAGGACCAGCGAGUCCUCCAGAAGGCGACGAAGAGGUUGACGACGAAGAGGAGGAAGAGCGGGGCCGAAGCAGGAGUGUCAAUGACCGCCGCAGUUUUGGGUCAACAUCAGACGCAGGCGAGACGCGAAACACGGUCGUCGGCAACGGCCAGCAGAACUUUGUUUUCCUCGGCGACUUUGUAGACCGAGGGUACUUCAGCCUGGAGACGUUUACACUCCUGAUGUGUUUGAAAGCAAAAUUCCCCGACAGGGUAACACUCGUCCGCGGAAACCACGAGUCGAGGCAAAUCACCCAAGUGUACGGCUUCUACGAGGAGUGCCAGACCAAGUACGGCAACGCCUCCGUCUGGAAAGCUUGCUGUCAAGUCUUCGACUUCCUCGCGCUAGCCGCCAUUGUAGACGGCAAGGUCCUGUGCGUACACGGCGGACUGAGCCCGGAGAUCCGCACACUAGACCAGAUCCGCGUCGUUGCGCGGGCCCAGGAGAUCCCCCACGAGGGCGCCUUCUGCGAUCUCGUCUGGAGCGACCCCGAGGAAGUCGACACAUGGGCUGUAUCGCCGCGAGGAGCGGGAUGGCUGUUUGGCGAUAAAGUGUCUUCGGAGUUCAACCACGUAAACGGUCUCCAGCUCAUCGCCCGCGCGCAUCAACUCGUCAACGAAGGCUACAAGUACCACUUCAAAAACAAAGACGUCGUCACCGUCUGGUCCGCCCCCAACUACUGCUACCGCUGCGGAAAUGUCGCCUCCAUCAUGAACCUCGGCGAAGACCUCAAGCAGGAAUUCCAAAUCUUCAGCGCUGUCCCCGAUCAUCGGCGCGCUGUGCCUGCUGGCCGUGGUGGGCGGGGAGAGUAUUUUUUGUAGGCGAGAUGUCAUGAUCGAUUAUGUCGAUGAUGGGAGAUGGGUUGGGUUGGGUUGGGUGGGGAUUGUGCGACUCCUUGCACUGCUUUGGCGGUGGCGUGGAAGAUAUGCCUCGUUUUUGUCUGCAUGGAAGGGAGGGGAAAGUAGGAGGGGUUGUUUGGGAAAG